UUGUACAAGUGGUCACUGUAUGAUGUGGGAACUUCAGGUGUAAAAAAUUUCUGCGGGAAAACUAGGAAAAAUCGUGAAAAUUAGCCGAAAAAAUUGUGAAAAAGUCGGCAAAUACGGUGCAAAAGGAUCCCCAGAGUGUGUUGCGAGUGUAAUUUGUGGAGGCAUUGUGUGGCAAGGUCAGGAAAAAGUGCUGGUUGGCUGAGAAAUUCUGCGCACCUCCAAAACAAGAGAAGGAAUUUUGUGAAAAGGCGCAGAGAUUUUGCGCUGCGCUGGAUUUUUGCGAAAAUUGGGGUCGUGCUCCAACGUCAGGCUCACCAGGAGAGGAUAUAGUUGCCACAUACAGAGUGAGCUGCCCCCAAGGCUAUCCUACUCUCGUACGUCACCUUGCCAGUGGAGCGUGAGGGAGUCAGCUGGUGAGCUCAUCUUCUUCGUGUGUGCGCCGCAGCUCCCCACGGAAGGAUACGCGCGCGAGUUUUCCCCUUUUCCACGGAGAGCCGUGUGUGUGUGAGAGAGUGCUGUGGAAAAUUCUUGGUAGAGUAGAAGCCCGCACAGCUAGACAUUGCAGUGUUCGUGGUGAUUCUAAAGCGUUCUUAUCAUGUCCCACUUCCGUGUUGGCGACAGUUGUUUCAUCAUCAUCAGUGUCUGUUGACCGUCACCUGGAGAAACAACACCUCCUGCCCGUGCUUGGGUGCCCCGUGGAGGGCAACAAAGGACACUCUUUUCGUGUGAAUACAGUGCUUUUUUCCACCACAAAAAACGACAAGAAAAAUCCUCUUUAUUUGUUCUUUGAUUCCAUUCCACAUUCCCGCCCUUUGCUCCACAUCUUUCCCUUUUUUUUGUUGUUGAGAAAAUCCAGAAUCACACUUUUCUUCCUUCUCCCAGCAAAAGUAUCCUUCUAAAACAUUCGCCCACCCAUUGAGGCCACUCACAGAGAGGAGCUUUGCUGCACAUCCUGCGACGAAGGAAACCAGGGCAAGUCCGUUGUAGGGCGACACAAAACCACCCUCUACACACUGCUGCGGAUAUGCUGAGCUGCUGGUCACACUCACGGACAAAAUUUCUGCACUGAAACACACUGAUUUUUCGCCACAAUCGAUUUUUCAUCCAAAACGGAAUCCCAACUCUUUGGGGGUGUUCAUUUGAAAUUUACGCGCCCCCGCGGGCGGAAGUGAGCACACACAGUGUGCUUUUUUCGUGCCACAGACACUCAAAUUGCACCCCACAUUCGUGAGACUUCCUCCCUCUCCCACACAACACCGUUUCAGCAGCAGCAGCAGCAAAGAAAAAAAAAUCAAUCAAGACUGUCGCAAUUUUUCCCAUAGCACCGUGGCACCAUGAAGAAGUUCACGUUCAAAGGUGUCCUCGAUGGAUUUCGGUCGACAGUGCAGCAGCAGAGUAAGCCCGAGCAGGAGAUUCAGGAGUCCCUGCGUCCAGAUCACUUCCAAAUAAAGAGGACCUUCCGUCAUGGAUUUCCUCAUGCUCCGACUGCCCUUGCUUAUGAUCCUGUGCAGAAGUUGCUUGUGAUUGGAGACAAAACUGGAGCACUACGAAUACUCGGGAAGCCUGGAGUUGAUGUCUAUGUACGACAUGAGGGUGAUUCUGCAUGUGCAGUGACUAACAUAGAAUUCCUAGUGAACGAAGGUGCUUUUGUAACUUCCACUGCUGAUGACUCCCUACAUUUAUGGAAUUUUCGCCAAAAGAGUCCUCAAGUAGUACAAAGCUUAAAGUUUCAGCGAGAAAGAAUAACAUGCCUCCAUCUACCUGUCGCAAGCAAAUGGCUCUACGUGGGUACGGAAAAAGGCAACAUACACGUUGUGCACAUUGAAUCGUUUGCACUGAGUGGCUACAUUAUCAAUUGGAAUAAAGUCAUUGAACUAGUGAGGACAACGCAUCCCGGAUCUGUCGUUCAGUUGUGCGAUAAUCCUUUGGAUGCUAAUAAAUUGCUGAUAGCGUACGAGUCAGGGCAAAUAGUAUUAUGGGAUAUGCGAGGUAAAUAUGCGGAAUUGCGGUGGCAAUCAUCAGAACCUCUGAGAUCAGUUUCGUGGCAUCACGAGGGGAAACAUAUUGUGUCUUCCCAUACGGAUGGAUCACUCUGUACGUGGCCUUUAAGAGCAACACCAAAGCCCCAAUUCCACUCAUAUCCACAUGCGAAAACGACGAAAGAAGGCAAAUUAGAAUCCUGUAAACCCAUACAUAAAGUGGAACUGAAGACAUCAAAGACAGGGGAAACUUUCACAAUAUUCUCGGGGGGCUUGUCGAUGGAAAAGGGCGGAAAGUCACCGUGUAUCACAGUGCUUCAAGGCAAAGCGACCACAGUUUUAGAGAUGGAGCAUCCUGUGGUAGAUUUUAUAACGAUAUGUGAAAGUCCGUGGGCUAGUGAUAUGCAAGAACCUUAUGCAAUAGCUGUGCUGUUACAAAAUGAUUUAGUUUUAAUAGAUUUAUUGACUCCUGGUUUUCCAUGUUUUGAAUCGCCUUACCCAAUGGACCUUCAUGAAUCACCCGUUACAUGUUGCACUUAUUUAUCAGAUUGUCCUUCGGAUCUAGUUCCAGCAUUUUAUUCGGUUGGUCGGAAUCCAGGGAGCAGGAGGACGGGAUUCUCAGAUAGAGAAUGGCCACUGUCGGGCGGCGAAUGGGCACCGGCAUCGUGUAGCUACUCAGAAAUAAUUAUUACCGGCCACCAAGAUGGUUCUGUUAAAUUCUGGGACGCUAGUGCAGGAACUUUACAAAUUUUAUACAAACUGAAAACGGCCAAAAUAUUCGAAAAACCAAGAACAAAAUCAGUGGACGGAUCCGAUGAUGACCCAUUAGCUAUUCAAUUAAUGACGCUGUGUGCCGAAUCAAGGAGAAUGGUUAUUGCUGGUGCCAGUGGACAUGUGAUACUUUUUAAAUUUAGAAAGGUUGAAAGCACAUCAGAUCUUCUGGUUCUGGAGAUUCCUAUAACGUAUGAGAAUUUUGAGGAGGGCGAAGGUAGUCCUGACUAUGAGUUUGUACCACGACCCCUACCAAAGCAGGGUGAAUCGUCGGAUGUGGAGCGGAAAAAUGAUGGCAUGUUGCGGGUGCGACAGGGGCCACAGCGAAAACCACCAGGAUUCCAAGCACAACUCGUAUGCCUCACACCUUGGACAAAUAGCAGUCAUCCGGGACAGAUUACAGCUGUAGCGAUAAAUUCAAACUAUGGAUUAAUGGCUUAUGGGAAUGAGUAUGGACUUGUGAUUGUAGAUUAUGUACAGAAAAUAUGUCUUCUCAACGUGGCAAGUCCGGACUUGUAUGGGGCACAAGAUCCAUAUUCGCGUGCGCCACGUAGUCCAAAGCGUGUCGAUCCAGCUGGUUUUCGGGAUGAACCAACACGUUCACCUAGUAUAGAUCAGUUACCUGAGUUGUCGAGUAGCCCACAAAAGACACCGUCAAUGCCAUCAUCGUUACCAUUGGAGAGUAGCCAGAAUUCCUCGAGGGCACCAUCCCCAGCAAAUGAGGCUCUGGAGGUGACGCCGGUGCCGAAUGAUGAGUCAAUUACGCCCGAGGAUGUGGGUAGGGGUACCGUAGAGGUGGGGCAGGCAAGAAGAAAAUCAUCAUCGUGGAAGGCAUUCAAUAUCAAGCGACAAUUGAGUAAGGUUGAUUCAAAGAUACGCAAUACAUUUGGUACGAGUGGUGAUGCGUCAACGGGCGGUGGUGGCGGUGCCAAGAGGGGUUCGGUAUUCUAUUGUGGCGCCACGGAGGGUGUUCCACUUUCACCUGUAGAAAUUUCCCCGGACAGUGAUCCAAAGUCCACGUCAACGGACACGGAACAAGAUAAAUCGGACUAUGUGGAACAAAUUGAAACGGAAAUUGUUCAGAGUCUCGAUGAGGUGGCAAAUCAGAGAUGUGAAACUGUCGAAAGGGAGAUUGAGAGGCAACAUCAUGAGGUUCAGAGGACAUCGCCAUGCCCGCCGGGGGUAGCACAGAGUGUACCAAAAAGUAUUCUGCAACAGGCGGAAAUUAAUUCGGUGCGUGAUCACAAACGUGUUGAAUUUAUCGAAGAACCCGUCCAGAGGGUAACACUUGUCUCACCAACUGAGGGUGCUAGGCUAUCUAGGCCAUCGGAUCUACCCUUAUUCACUGAUGACGAUCAAGCUGGACCCGUUGCACCGCCACGUGGUAAAAAGAAGGAGAAACAGAGACUUCUAUCCGUGCCAAAUAUCAAGUAUAGUAAGCAAGAAAGUAGUGGACAGAAUUUUAAGGAUCUCAGGGGAAAGGGUGUAGCGAGUGUUGGGGGUCGUGGUGGUCAUGAAGCUGGAUCGGCAUCUACCUCCUCAUUUGCUGGCAAUUUAAUGAGGCGUUUCAGCCGAGUAGAUAAAUUGGAUAGUUCAUUUUCCCGAUCACGCUCUUCGUCGAUGUCUAGUUUAGAAAAUAUAUCUUCCGAGGCUGUUCAAUGCUUAGCAUUCGCAGAUAGUUAUACAAAAAAGAGUGAUCCAUCAACAUUGCAACCUACCCUAUGGAUUGGUACAAGCCUUGGGUCAGUUCUCACAAUUUCAAUAACCCUCCCGGAUACUGAUAACCGAAAAACCAAUCCUGUGGUUGUCUCAAUUCUGGGAGGACCUAUCUUUCGACUAAAGGGUGCCAUUCUGUCUAUGUCGUUCUUGGAUUACAAUGGGGCCCUUGUACCUUAUACUUAUGAAGCAUGGAAGGAUGAAAAGCAAUCAGAGAAAAGAGACAAUAUUGUAUCUGUUGCAGGAACACCCACGAAAAAUCCCAACCGAAUGAGUCCAACUCUAUCUGGCAAUCAGGACUCCUUCAGUGAUCGGCAAUUUAUUGUGAUUACGAGUGAAAAGCAAGCACGGGUCGUGGCACUUCCAAGUCAAAAUUGUGUCUACCGACAGCAAAUUGCGGAUACUGAUUAUGUGAUUAAGGCAGAGAUUAUUAGCUUUAGGGAUAGCGUUUGUUUAGUUUGCUACUUGUCGACUGGCCACCUUAUGGCAUUCAGCUUACCCAGUCUUCGUCCACUCAUGGACGUGGAUUUUCUUCCAUUGGCUGAUUUGAGCUUUCAGACAAAAUGUAAGCAAGGAAUUGUAGAUCCAAUGCUCUCAAUUUGGGGUCAGCAACUAAUUGUCCACGAGGAUACUAACCAGAUUUCCAAGACAUUCUGCUUUAGCAAUAAAGGUCAUGGGUUGUAUUUGGCAACACCCACCGAAUUGCAAAAAUUCACUUUGUGCGUCGACUUUUGUACUCAAUUCACGAAUGAGAUGAUGUGCGAGCUAUUCCAGGCACAUGAUAUGCCAGAACAACCAAAAGAGAGCUUUUUCAAGGGCUUAUUCGGCGGUGGAUCUCGCAGUUUGGAUCGUGAAGAAUUAUUUGGAGAGUCGAGCGGUAAGGCGAAUCGUUCAGUGGCAAAACACAUUCCGGGACCGAGUGCCAAUUUGGAGGCAUUGGGGGCGCGUGCUAAUACAGCCACAUCAGAAAUUGCUCGCGCCCAUCAAUUGGCCAUGGAGCGUGGGGAUAAGCUGAGUCAGCUUGAGGAUAGAACGGAAAGGAUGGCCAAUCAAGCACAAGAAUUUAGUGGCACCGCACAUUCUCUUAUGCUAAAGUACAAGGAUAAGAAGUGGUAUCAAUUAUAAGGAGAAACCCAACACAAUGUACCCAUUAAGUGCAACAAUUUGCUCCCCUUUUUACCCGCAUAGAGGACAAACCAAAAAUAUAUUUUCCGUUUUAGACGAAAAUUAAAUCUAUUUCUAUUUUACUUUAAUGUUUUUUUCUUUCCUCUUAAAUAAAAAUUUGGUUUGUCCACAUAAAAUUACAUAAUAAAUAAAAAAAUGCAAAGAAAUACCAUUGAAUGGCGCAAAAAUUCAUUGUCGCAGUACUCUCGAAGAAAAAGAAUAAAAAAAAAAAAAGAAACUUCUGCAAAACUAUAUUCAUCAAACUUCCAUCAUUCAUUGACGAGAAGGUGUGUUCGGGAUGGAGUUGAAAAAAAAAUUACAAUGUGUAAUUUAUAUGUAAAUUACAUAUUGGUAAUGUUAUAAUUUUCACCUGUCAAUUUUAAUUAGAUUCUUAUGAGAAAAAAAAAACUAUAUUAACUAUUAAAGAAAAAAAUAUAUUGGAUAUGAAAUAUCUCUUCUCGGUCUAUUAGUUACAAGAGAAAAAAAACUAUUGAUAAUGAAGUAUUUAUGAAAAAAAAUGAGAAAAAUACAAAAUGAAAAAAUAUUAUUAAUGAAAAAAAUGGAUAUAAUCUAUUGGAAAGAAAAAGAGUAGAAAUUGUCACUAAUACGGUACACGUGGGUCACCCCUUUGGGAGAUCCCAAAAUCAAUUAUUACGGUGAAAAUGGUGAAAAAAAAUAAUAUAUCUACAAUAUAUAUACACAUAUAUAUACAUAUAAAUUUAUAAAACUGUAUUGCAUAAUUUUUAUCAAAAUGAAAAAGAUGAUCACUAUGAAAAAAAAAUAAUGAGACGGACAGAGAUUAUAUAAAAUAUAGAUGAAAAAAAAAUUGGAAGUUAAUACAAUAAUUGUAUCUCAAGCUGUGGUGCAUUUUCUUCAAAAGAAAACCAAACACACACUCCCUCACGCUUGAGUCGAGACAGUCUUUAAAAAAAAUAUAUUCGUUCUUUUUUAUGUAAAUAUACAAAACAAAUGAGAAGAAGAAGAAAAAAAUGUGAGCUGACGGAGAAAGUUGAUAAAUUAGUUGGUAGUGAUGUAAAAGUCUUUAAGAAAAGUGAAAAAAAAUAAACUUAUAGGCAUCUAUUAUGACAAAAAAAAAGAGGUAAAAAAAACUACAUAUGCAGAGAAAUUAUAUUUAGAGGAGAAAAAAAAAUACCAUACAUUUGUAGGACAAGAAUGAUGAAAAAAAAUGAUCAAACAAAUAGCACUUUUAAAUACAAGAAAGAGGUAUAUAUUGUAUCAAAAAAAAAGAAGUUCUAAACAAAAAAAAAUGAGAAUAACUGAGGCUUUGGAAUGAUGAGAUUUAUUUUAGAACAGAGAGAUAAAUAGCAUUCUUUCCACAUACACAGAUAACUUUAAAACAAGAAAAAAACAACAUAAACUCAUCAUACCGAUGAAGGAAAAUCUCAAAAAUCACUCAAAGAUCACGUUUAAAAAGAAGAAGAAAAAACUACUUGUAAAUAAUGUUCAGAGAUAAAUUUAUUGAAUAUUGUUAAAUAUUCUUAAUCACACAAAACACAGAGUUUAAAAGGAUGAAUAAAAAGCUCGAAGUUUGUAAAAGUAAAAAAAAACAACCCACUGAGAGGAGAAUCACGGAGAAAAUAUCAAAAAAGUGAAAUAUUUUGUAAAAAAAAAGAUAUUGUGAUAUUUGACAAAGAUAAUUCUCCCUUUCUUUAUGCAUCGCGCUCCUGUAUGUUGUAGCUUUUAUUGGUUAAAUGUUUUAAUCUCACGAAAAUCCUUCAAUUUUAUACGUUUUAUUUUUGACGAUUUUUACCUAUCAUAUCACUCUUAAUAAAACUUUGGUUAAUAUACCGCUGAAAUUAUCAGCCGAAAUUCAGCCGGAUUAAGAACGAUUCAAAUGGUCAAAAACGUUGAAGUUUUUCGGUCAAAUGUAUAAAAAGCAGUCAAAAGGAAAGAAUCAAAUAGUCAAAAGCACAGAAGUUAUUCAAUGAAAAGAAGAUAAAAAAAAACUUGAAACAUAGGGGUAGAUUCUGAUACAAAUCUUUUCUUUUCUUUCCUUAUAGUUCGUUAAUUAUAAGAUUUUUGGUAUUCUUUUCCUUGGCUUUUUAAAAAUAUUUUGACCUUUCUGGAACAAGACGUUCUUUGUUUUUCUUUUAUUGAUUUAUCAGAGGAUGAUGAAUCAAAUAUCAAAGCUAAUAAUUCAAUUUUUCAAUUGAUUAUACUAAUUAAAAACUUUUAAAAUUUAUUAAUGAAAUUUUAAAAUGUUUUUUAUUGUUUUAUUUCAACAAUAUGAUUUCUUAACGCGUCUAUCUAACGUAAAUUUGAGUUAUUUUUAUUAACAUAGAAAUCUCUUGGUUGAUUUCAUGCCUGAAGAAGCUUAUAUUCUUUUCGAAACGUCGCCUGAAAAAUGAAUUUAAAGGAAAGAAGAAGAAGACUCAGAUCUGCUUUUUCAAAAAAUCUUUUUUUUUUAUAUCUUUGAAACUUUCUAAUUUUUCUAUGCUAUUUUGAGUUUUAUUUAUGUUUUAUGUUUAAAUUAAAAAAAAAUACAUAAAAAGAGUUCUCAAGCAAAAUUGCAGGAGAAUCUCACGCGAAUUCAAGAGAAAGAAAUAAUGAUUUUCUUUUCAAGAAAUUGAUGGAUUUUCGUGGGGUAUAGCUUCUCAAUUUUUGCAUAUCCUAUCGCGCUAAAAUACUUCAUUAAUACUGCACUCUUAACACUUAAACCUUUUGCAUAUCUUCCAUACGAAACAUAUUGCAUAAAAAACUUGUACAAUUUCUAUCACUUCUUUUUGUGUCUUUUAUGUGUGUGUCUUGUAAUUGAGGAACAACCAACAAAAAUAAAAAAAGAACCAUUCCCAAAAAAAAAUCCCUUUUGCAGCAUAUCAUGAAGAAACCAAAAUGCAAACUAAAUUCUUUUAAAAAGAAAAAUCAAGAAAAUUCUCACAAAGAAAAAAAUCUUCUCUGGUAAUAAAUAGGCACAAGAACUUUUAGCUAUCAAAGUGUGUGGAGAAAAAAAUGUUCAUAGGUGGGAAGUAAACGUGUAAAUAAUAUACAUACAUAGUAGGAAUUUCGAUAGGGAGAAAGACAUUUAAAUUAGAUGAAGAAAAAGGAGAGAAAAAAUGUAGAUAAAAUGUGAAAAUUAUUAAUAUUAUAUAAAAUUAAUGCAAAGAGGACACAGUGAGAAAAACUCGUUAAAAUAUAUCUGUGGUUUCAAAAUCCAUACACUGCAUGGGGAUGGUUCAAUUUGUGAAGCGUACGAACUUUUUUAGAACCAUGCAGUGUGGCAAAACUAACUUAUAUACAUACAUAAAUGGUUAAAACUAGUGGACAAUUUUGAUGACAAAAAAAUGCAUUGAAUAUUUUUUAUUAGAAAGCCAAUGCAAAAUGAAUUAGACACAGUAGAAAAGAGAAAGACGCAUAAAUUUAAAGAGAGAAAAAUUAGAGAUUAGAAAUAGUUAAAUAUUGCAGUGAAAAAAAAUGUUGUUGAACUUUUUUUUUAUUUCUUACAAAAAGUAUAUUUUUUGACGAUGGAAGGAGAGUUGGUAAAAGGGAAAAGGAUAAAAGAAUAAAAAUUGAGGCCAGAAAUGUGGCGUUUUUCGAAUGUUUCUUAUCUGUUGUCUUUUAGGCUAAUGUUGAUUAGAAGAAGCUACAAAAAAGCAUACCUUGUUACUUUUAUGCUGUUUGGAAUGCUGUUUAAUUUACACUGCCAUCAAAAAGUUACUGGACAAGUAGAAAUUAGGGAUUUUUUAAAAGGAAAAUUUUAUUUAUCCAAAAAUGAACCGUUUGACCGAUUUUGAUUAUUUUGAAAGUUUUAGAAAGGGGAAUGACCUUUUCUUUAGAAAGCAAUUUGACAAAAUCGGUUCAUUACUAAUUAAGUUACAAGCAAAUACUUUUAUCAAAAUAAUUCUCAAAUUCAGCUUUUUUUAACCCAUUUCUUACAUUUGUUAUUUAUGAUUCGACUGAGAAAACUUUUUUUAACCCUUGAGAAUUUUGCUGGCCAUCGUGGCCAAUUCGAGUCUUCAAAUUGUCAUAGAAUUUAAAUCUACUGAACAUUCCGACAAAUUUUUUUUUAAUCCAAAAUUUUAGCUUGUCUGGAAACUUUUGAAUGGUAGUGUAGGGUAGUGAAAAAACAUCCCAUCGUUUUAUUCAUUACUUUUCCCACAUUUUUCAAACAAAAACUAUAUAGCUUUAUUUCCUUCCUACCUUCCUCCCACAACUUCCGACCUAUAGCCAACUCUAUAAUAUAUAAACUACAUAGCUAGCUUUCAAUUUUUAGAUAAAAUAUUUUUGGUGCCACGUAAAUGGAUGAAAGUGACAUAUCUCUCCGAUAAAAAAAACUUUUUUUUUACCCCUCCCAACCACCUCAAAAUAUUUAUUAGAGAAAAAAUUGAGAGUGAUUUAUUUCAGAGUGAUAGAGCAUUUCCUUCAUCGAUAUUUUGGGUCAAAAUAAUAUAUAUAUAUAUAUAUAUAUAUAUAUAUAUAUAUAUCAUCUGAUUUUGUACAAAUGGGAGCAAAAUAGCCUGAAAGAAUAAUAUUUUGAGUAAAAACUAUUCAAGAAAAAAAAGAAAUAUUUAAUGUAAUUCUGGAGAAAAUAUUCUUAUUCGCUAAUUUAAAAAAAAAAGAAUGAAAGUUAAUUAAAUCUAAAAAAUAUAUCCUUUUAGAUUUAAAUAUUUGCUUCCAGAAUUGCGGUUUUAUGUUGUUUAAUUAGUUUUUUUUUAAAUUACAAAAGAAAUAAAAAUUAUGAAGAAAAGCUCCCAAAAAAUGGGAUUUAUCGUUGAAGAAAUUAUUAAAUUUUUUGUUAUUAAAAUUUUGACUUUUUUUUGUUUGUUAUUUUUCUUCUCUCAAAAGACCAUGCCGAUAUGUUUUAUUGUGCGCCACAGAAAUGUUUGUUCAGCAAAGAGAAAAAAAAGUGGAAAAAAAUACCAAAUGGCAAUGGAAGACAAUAAUUACCAGCAGCAUGAGUUACCUAUAGUAAAAAAAAAAAAUGAAAGAUUUAUUGAAAAGUGCAUUAUUUCACAAUUUUUUUCAAUAUAUACUAAUUUUUAUUUUAAAGAAAAAAAAAUGAAGAAGAAAAAAUAGUAAAAACCUUUCUAGUCUCUGCAUUCUAAGUCUACUCCGCCCCAUGGAGUCUUUCUUGUUGUGUCCAUUGUAAAAGAAAUAAAAAAAAGAAGAGAAAAGUUCUUAUAUUGCGUCUUCCGGGUGUAAAUUCUAAUUAAAAAAAAAUACCUUUAAAAAAAAAUAAAGAGAAGAAGUACUUUUAGCCAAAUUGUUUGCCUGACUUUUCUCCUUAGUUUUUGUACUUUGUUUCUUUGUUUAACUUUGAUUCUUAGCAAAAAUGAAAAGAGCUGAAUUUUUGCAAAAAAAGGAGAAGAAAAAUGGAAGAAUAAAAAAAUGAGAAGUUUGAGAGAAAAAUGUUUUUUAUGUAAAUUAUUAAUUAUUUACAUUUUUGUGAUUGUGAUACAUUGCUGAUGGCAAGAUGACAUUGUAUGGCAAGGCCGUGAAAGAGAUAUAAAAAAAAUGAGAGAAUUGUAGAAUUCGGUGGAGUUUUAAUGUGCAAAUACAGCCUUUUUGUUGUAAAAAAAAACUAA